CGGCCGCUGCCCUUAGGCCACUUCCUGGGGGCGGAGAGGACUUAAGCGGUUGCAGCCAAACCAGAGGAAGGCGUUGGCGCCCGGGUCCCGAGACUCCCGGCUGCUUCCAUCGGAGGCCUCAGACACUCCCAGCUUGUACUGAACGUGCAUCUGCGGUCCCCAGCCGAUACAGAGGCACCCCCGCCAUCGGCUCCGAUCAGCCUCGCCUCCAUCUCCUGGGACCCGCGCCAGAGUCAGGCAAGGCAAGGCCUCAAACUGGCCCCCGGAGCCCUGCGUGGACUUGCCCACAGUGACAGCGAUCUGCCCGAGAAGCUGGACCCUUCAGAGUCGGCCUUGUGCUCGCCACCGUCACCUGCUGGUUGGAUUCUGGAAAGCCACUGUCUGAAGACCACAGAAAGGAAUCGCUGACCACCCAGAACCGGAUCUAUAUCUCCCGUACCUGACUUCCCUCAGCUCUUUUCAUCUGUUCUCUCGACCUUUCCGGCGUCUCUGUGCCCAGAAACCAUCCCCCACCACCAAGGCAGCUAGGGUGAGCCCCAAAUCUUGCUGCCUUGUACUCCAACUUGUGCCUCCCACUCAGAGACAGUCUGAACCUUACCACCCACUUCUGCACACACCCAGGAAGUUCUACCUUUUCUUCUCUUUCGGUGUCUUCUAUACUCCUCAAAAUUUCUCCUCCUCCUGUGCCCUCUUCGCCCCCCUCCUUCGGGGGCCCCGUGACCCUGAAUGUCGGGGGAACGCUAUAUUCCACCACGUUGGAGACCUUGACUCGAUUCCCAGACUCCAUGCUGGGGGCCAUGUUUAGGGCUGGUACCCCCAUGACUCCCAACCUCAAUCCCGAGGGAGGUGGCCACUACUUCAUCGAUCGAGAUGGCAAGGCCUUCCGGCACAUCCUCAAUUUCCUCCGGCUGGGCCGCCUAGACCUGCCCCUUGGAUAUGGGGAGACAGCGCUUCUCAGGGCAGAGGCGGACUUUUACCAGAUCCGACCCCUCCUGGAUGCCCUGCGGGAACUGGAGGCCUCUCGGGGGACCCCAGCUCCCACAGCCGCCCUGCUCCAUGCAGAUGUAGAUAGCAGCCCCCGCCUGGUGCACUUCUCUGCUCGUCGAGGCCCACACCACUAUGAGCUGAGUUCUGUCCAGGUGGACACCUUCCGGGCCAAUCUCUUCUGCACCGAUCCUGAGUGUCUGGGUGCCCUGCGGGCCCGAUUUGGUGUGACCAAUGAGGACAGGGCAGAGGGAGGCCCACACUUCCGUCUGGAAUGGGCUCCCCGCCCUGCGGAACUCCCCGAAGUGGAGUACCGCAGACUAGGGCUGCAGCCACUGUGGACCGGGGCACCAGGAGAGCCACGGGAGGUGGUGGGCACACCCAGCUUCCUGGAGGAGGUGCUGCGGGUGGCUCUGGAGCAUGGCUUCCGUCUCGACUCUGUCUUCCCUGAUCCUGAAGACCUGCUCAACUCCCGAUCUCUACGCUUUGUUCGGCACUAGGAACUGAGACCUGGGAAUGCUGCCCUCAGUUUGACUUCAUGGAGGGGCAAGGGAGGGGGUAGAAAGAACGGGUCAUUAAAGGGGUUGAAGAUUCUCCUGAGGCCUUUUCCUAGCUCUGCUCCGGGAGCUGUGAGAGUCAGAGGCCCCACUGCACCUGACUGGAGAGCCCAAGUAUGGACAGGAAUCCCCACACUGGAGGGAGCCCACCAAGAGCCCACAAGAUCAGUGGGUCUGGACUGGAGCAGAUCCUAGGAGGGCUGGGGAGGCUUCCCUGGCUGGUCCUGCCUGAGUCUGGGGACCUUCGGUGUUUCCUUGCUUGGAGCUCAGUAUUCAGAGUCAGGAAAAGCAGGUAUGCUUCUCUGCCUAGGCUCAACUUAGCAGGACUGUGGAAGGAUGAUGAGGUCUGAGGAAAAGAGGAACUUUGGAUUGCUCUAAUGUGGUCUCCUGGACUGUGACUUCUGGAGAUGGCCUCGCCUGGCCUGACAAAUGAGAGGUCAGAACACUGUGAAAUAUGGGAAGGGAGGUUCUUUGCUGUGUCCUAAGCCACCACUGAGGGAGACAGGGAGGGCUACGCCCCACCUUAGGUUGGCUUAAGGGAGCUAGGAGAAUCCCCAUUAACUGUGGGGCUGGAGCGUCCCUCUGGAGAUCCAGGUGUUUUAAAGAAUCCCAUGUUGAAGGUGGGGCUGGCUACAGGGAGGAGUGGGGCAUCGUCUUGGGUCCUGGCCUUCCUUCCUUCAUGUGUACGUGCCUGUCAGCCAGUGGCUCUGACUGAUGCGUGGAUCCCUGCAUCCUGGCUCUCAGCCAUGUUGCUGGAGGUGGUGUCUGUGUGCUGGUCUUUCUGUGGCCUCUGCAUGUCCAGGCCCGUUUGGGGUUGCCCAGCAACUGUUUUGGUACCAGGUGUGUCUGUGGUAUGGGUAUGAGUAGACUGACAAUUAGUUUAAUCACAAGGGGUGUGUGUGCACAUGUGCUUCACACAUCCACGUAGGCAGGAGGGGCCUGCUGAGUUUGAGUCACUAGGAUCUUCUAAUGAGAGGUAAGAGAAGUCAACUGGGCUUAGCUGGGCCUUGGAGGCCUGUAUAGAACUCUCUGUUGCUAAGGCAACCAUGAGCCUGUUGCUAGGAGAUAGCUGGGAAAGGCCCAAGGCUGCUCAGGGCGAAGAAGAGAUGAACAGAAGAGUUUGAAAGAGUGGGGGAGGAUGUGGACAGGCAUGGGUUUCUGAGUCCCUGGGGGUACGGAAUACUCACAAACAGCUUCUUCACUGGGGAGUCACUUACUGUUUAUCACUGGUCAUGAUUUACAGGAAGAAAAAUAAAAUUGCUUUCGGAAUCACCAA